AUGCUCAAUCGAGAUGAAAUUGACAUAUCGUGGGAUGCGAAGGAUCUAUUUCCCAAGGACUUCAAGGCAGAGGUUUUUUUCUCAGAGAUGGAUUCUGUUUCCUCUGUAACCCCUGUGGACUCUUCCUGCUUCGAAGAGAAAGAUGGCCUUCCUGUUGAGGCAUUUGCUAAAGUUCAAGAAUUUUUUAAUAGUGUUGAUUGGUUAGUCCCAAAGGGCGAUGCCACUGUUGAAGUUCUCCAACAGAUGUCUGUUGAAGCUUAUUCUCAAACUAAAACAUAUCAGGUGAACCAGAGCCUAGCUGCACUAGGUGUUAAAUCUGUUGCUAAGAGCACACCAGAUUUGCCUUCAGACAACCGUUCUAAUUUCUUGCCGGAAAUGUCCGCAAGUGCAGAUAUGGAGAGAAAGCAGGAUGAUCCCCACUCCCAAAAUGUGACUAUCCCAUCUCAAAAGCAAACCCUUAUUCCUUCGGCAGAUCUUUCUUCACUCCCAUCAUCUUUGCUACCUCAUCAACUUUCAAUUUCACAGUCCAACUCCAUUGCUCAACAAAGUAAAGCUGACACAUCACAUUCUAGAACUUCUCCCUCAACUCCCGCACUUCCUCCAGCAAAAAUCGCUGAUAUUGGCAACAGAAAACAUCCAUCUACACUGGAGGCAAGUUCUCUGAAAGAGGACUCUGGAGUUGUCUCUCCUAGAAUAUCCCAUAAGAAAUUCGUGAGGGUUAGGCUAUCUCAACUCGACUCCCCUCAUUCAACUGCAGAUGCUGUUGGAGCCGCCAAAGUUGCCACUUCCCCACCGCCUCCUCCCCCUCCACCACUUCUAUCUCCACAUACUGCUACAUCCGAAUCUCCUUCUUCCACAACAACUAAGUCACCUUUCCUAAAUGUUAUUGAAGGUACUGGGCGCCAAUCACUCCCUCAUAUUUCCUCUCUCGAAACAGACAUCACUCGUAAAACUGUGCCUCAUCCUCCCCCGCCUCCUACCCCACCUUAUGCGACUCCGAUUCAGGAAAUUUCAACCGAUUCAUCUGCUCCUAUUCCAGUUGGACCUUUCGUUGCGCCAGCCUCUCAUUUGAACAAGAACUUAGAUUCUGAAAGACCUUCACCUCCUCCUCCGCCUCCGUCUCCGCCUCUACCUCCUUUUGAACCGCCUAAUGAGCCUUCAUCUCUCAGAGGUGCGCCCCCAUCUAUAGUACCUCCAUCACCUUGUGGUCCAGCUCCAUCGGAACCCCAUUUGGAGAAGCACUCUGCUUCUGGAGUUAUGCCUCCACCUCCUUUGACCCCUCAUUUGAAAGAUAAUUCCGUCCCCAGACCUGCACCACCCGCACCUCCACCCCCUCCAAGUUUUGGACAGGUUGCCCCGCCUUUGACUCCACCUAAGGCCAGACCUGCUCCACCUACACCUCCACCUCUACCUCCUCCUCCUCUAGAGACACCCAAGGAGAGGUAUAGUGGAGAAGAGCUCUCUUCUCCACCUUCUGGGCUGGCUGCUUCUCCCCGAGCAACACCUUUGAAGAUUAGUUUGAACGCGAAACCUGCUAUGUGCCCACCACCACCUUCUCCUUCAAUGCCUUUUGGAGAAGUGUCUGUAGCAGGUGGGCCUCCUCUUCCUCCUCCUCCUCCUCCUCCACAUUCUAGCCAGAGUGCAAGACCUACAAAUUCAGUAAUUUUACCUCCACCACCUCUGCCUCCUAACCCUAGCCUCAGCAUGAGUGGUCCUCCAUCUGUUCCUUUUGCUCCUCCGUCUCCACUCCUUUCCUCCAGAGAGCCAGCUAGUUUGUCAAAUUCUGUUCCGUCAAGCAGCAACAAAGAUACUAGUAUGCCUGGAUCUCCAUCUCCUCCUCCGCCUUCAACUCCUCCACUUGGAGCCGCAGGGAAAAGUUUAUUGUCUCGUACUCAGACUUCACGUUGUCAAUCGAAGAAACUGAAGCCGUUACAUUGGUUAAAACUAUCAAGAGCAGUUUCUGGCAGCUUGUGGGCAGAGACGCAAAAAUCUGAAGCUUCUAGGGCACCGGAGAUUGAUAUUUCAGAACUUGAAUCUCUAUUCUCUACUGUUGUUCCAAAUUCAGAUCAAGGGGGUUCAGGUAGAAAAACUGGUACACUAGGCUCAGUGGGUAAACCUGAAAAAGUGCAACUGCGAGUCCGAGCUUGUUGUCAGAAUGCACCGUGGGUCACCGCAAUGGACCAAGAUUUGACUAAAGAGAAUCAAAGGCUCUUGCUUGAAUGCACAUGA